CCGCCCCGCGUCUUCCUCCUCGCGCUCCUCCUCGCUCGGCUGCUCGCUGACCGCGCGGCGCGCUGCAGGCUGCAAGAUGGCUGCGCCCAGGCCCCCGCCCGCCUGGCUGUCGGGCGUGCUGGUGCAGGUGCCCAUCCAGGACCUGGAGGCCCUGCGCGCGCUGACCGCGCUCUUCAAGGAGCAGCGGAACCGAGAAACCGCGCCCAGGACUAUCUUCCAAAGAGUCCUGGACAUCCUGAAGCGGGCUUCUCACGCCGUGGAGCUGGCCUGCAGAGAUCCGCGCCAAGUGGAGCAUCUGGCCUCCAGCCUGCAGCUCAUCACCGAGUGCUUCAGGUGUCUCCGGAACGCGUGCAUAGAGUGCGCCGUGAACCAGAACUCCAUCAGGAACCUGGACACCAUUGGCGUCGCCGUUGAUCUGGUUUUUCUUUUCCGUGAGCUGCCUGUGGAGCAGGAGUCCCUGUUGACGGCUUUUCGCUGCGGCCUGCAGUUCUUAGGCAACGUUGCCUCACGAAAUGAAGAGUCCCAGGCUGUUGUGUGGACGCAUGCUUUUCCAGAACUCUUUUUGUCUUGCUUAAAUCAUCCAGACAAAAAGAUCGUUGCUUACUCGUCCAUGAUACUGUUCACCUCUCUUAAUUCUGAAAGAAUGAAAGACCUGGAGGAAAACCUCAAUGUCGCCAUUGACGUUGUGGACGUUCACCGAAGGCAGCCUGAAUCCGAGUGGCCGUUCUUGAUUAUUACCGACCAUUUUCUGAAAUGCCCGGACCUGGUCAAAGCCAUGUAUGCCAAAAUGAGCGAUCAAGAAAAGGUUACCUUGUUGGACGUCAUGGUCGCCAGAAUAGCCGGUGAUGAGUCCCUGCUCCAGGAUGACGUCUCUGUGUUUCUGAGCCAUGCUGAGUUGAUUGCAAGUGCUUUUGUGGGUCAGUACAAGACUGUGCUGACUCUGGCCUCCGACCUGCAGACGGGGGAGGAGGCGGCGGCUCUGGCCACCAUUAGGCUCCUGGAUGUGCUGUGUGAGAUGUCGGCUCACACUGAUCUCCUGGGCUACCUGCAGGUCUUUCCCGACUUGCUGGAACGAGUGAUUGAUCUUUUACGACUGAUUCAUGUCGCGGGCAAAGACAGCACAAACAUCUUCAGCACCUCGUGCUGCGUGCAGGCUGAGCGAGAGGUCUCAAAUGUGGCCGAGGGGUUGAAGUCUCAUCUCAUUCGCUUGGUUGGAAAUCUGUGUUACAAGAAUAAGGACAACCAAGACAAAGUGAGCGAGCUGGAUGGCAUCCCCUUGAUCCUGGACAGCUGCAGUGCAGACGACGGCAACCCCUUUCUCAGCCAGUGGGUAGUGUAUGCCAUCCGAAACCUCACGGAGGACAACAGCCAGAACCAAGACUUGAUCGCCAAGAUGGAAGAGCAGGGCCUGGCGGAUGCCUCCCUGCUUAAACAGAUGGGAUUUGAGGUGGAGAAGAGGGGUGACAAGCUCAUUCUGAAACCUACCGGUGACAGGCCUCAGCUGGAAUGAACUCUCCAUCCAGAUAUCUGCAUUUUCAGGACCUGUCUCUCGUGUAGUUUUCAUCUUCUGCAGCAUGUGAAAUUGCAAGUGUGUAAGAUUAAUAAGUGCAAAUUCAGGAACACUUGACUCUUAGAUAAUAGGUAAAAGUUAGAUGUCUAUAAGCUUAAACACGAAAGUACGUGAGCAUUCUGUUGUUGAUGUUGUUUUCUUGAAAAAAUGUAACUGUCUGCUUUGCCUUUUGCCCUGUGGAUACAAUGUAUGUGUAAGUGGGAUAUUGUGCUUUCUGUGGCAGCAAAUAAUAAAAGCCCGUUGAGAGCCCAUCCCUUCCUUGGUAUAAAUAAAUAUUGGUGUUAAAUUCA